AUGGGAAAGUCAUUGGAAGAUUUUGGCCUAGGCCAUUUGAUUGAAGAAGACAGUAAUGAAAUACGCAUUACAAAGGAUAUCGAAGAUGCACUUGAAGCACCAAUUCCUCCAGAAUGCAUUGAUUAUCGAGAGAAGCUCAACGAAGCUCAAGCAAAUGCAUUCAAUAACAUUAUGGCUUAUGUCAAUGAAGAGAAACCCGGUUGUUUUUUUGUUGAUGGGCCAGGCAAAACAUUUCUCUAUAAUGCUUUAUUUGCUGAAGUACGUUUGGCGGGCAAGAUUGUGCUGCCAACAACGACAUCAGGCAUAGCUACUUCUAACAUUCCCUCUGGCAGAACAACUCACUCUAGGUUUAAAAUUCCACUUAAUUUAGAGGUGUCACUUGCUUGUGAUGUCCCAAAACAGGGAAGCUUAGCUGCUCUAAUCAAAGCUACUGCCCUGAUAAUUUGGGAUGAAGCAUCCAUGGCUCGUAAAGAGAACAUAAAAUCAUUGGAUUUGUUGUUGCGCGAUCUCUUCCAUCCUGAUCAGCCAUUCGGCGUCAAAUUUCGGUUAACAGCGAACAUCAGAGCUAAGGAAGCCUUAUCCUAUUCAGCUUUUCUCCUAGCCUUGGGCAAUGGCCAAUUACAAUCAGAUGAAAGUGCUAAUGUGCAACUACCUGAACACAUAGUUCAUAAUAUAGUUGCAAAUGAGGAUUCAAUUUCUGUGCUAACUGCAAUGAUCUUUCCAGAAAUUUCAAAUCCAACAUUUGAUAGUGGCAUAUUCAAUGAAAGAGCAAUCCUCACACCAAUGAAUGUGGAAGUUGAUUCCAUAAAUGACUACUUAAUUGAACAGUUUCCUGGAAUACCUACUGUCUAUCUAAGCUACGAUUCAAACCUUGAUGAUAAUUGCAGCCUCUAUCCAACAGAAUUUCUAAACACACUUUGCCCAGGAGGGAUGAGCCCGCAUCAACUUGUGCUUAAGGUUAAUAGUCUUGUUAUUUUAUUACGUAAUCUGGCACCAUCUAAGGGAAUGUGUAAUGGUACUCGUCUUAUUUGUAGGCACUUUCUUCCUAAUUCAAUUAUUUGUGAAAUAGCCAAUGGACAUUAUAAAGGAAAAUUUUAUUUUGUUCCACGCGUGAACUUAAGGCCUUCAGCUUCUUCCAAGUAUCCUUUUCAGUUUGAACGGAUACAAUUUCCUCUUAAACUCAGCUUUGCUAUGACUAUAAACAAGUCUCAGGGGCAGACUCUCAGUCGUGUUUUAGUGUACCUCCCAAAGCCAUGCUUCUCGCAUGGUCAACUGUAUUUUUCUCUCUCACGUGCAAAAAAGUCUAAAGAAGUGACAGUGUAUACAACUCAGCAAUCUGAUUCCGUCUCAUCAACGACUGUUCGAAACAUCGUGUCCUAUGAGUUGUUCCAGGAAUUGAUGAUGCAUGCUUCUCAUUUGGCACAACAUUAA